AGGAUGGCUCCUACGAUAAACCACAACGAUAAUGCGCUGACUGACGUGGAAAGGCCCAAUAAACGUGCUAGAGUGGACGCCAAUGAUAAAAAUGGCUUUGAACUCGAGCAUACGAGGGGUUCCGAUCUUCAUGAAAAGGAGGAGGAUGAAAUAGAUGAAGUCCCGGACAUACGAGAGGAAGUCAAGGCCUCUGAUCUUCAUCUAGACACUAUCAAUCGGGCUGUCCUCGACUUUGACUUUGAGAAAGUCUGUUCGGUCUCUACAUCGAACAUAAACAUUUACGGCUGCCUAGUCUGCGGGAAAUAUUUUCAAGGCCGGGGUCGCAAGUCGUAUGCGUAUGCCCACUCAAUUCAUGACGAUCACCAUGUUUUCAUCAACUUAGAGACUACCAAGGUGUACGUGCUACCAGAGGGUUACCCGGUCUCGGACCCUUCUUUGGAAGAUAUCUCCUUUGUACUCGCACCGUCCUUCGACAAGACAUAUACAUCUACUCUCUGUUCUGCUUCGUACCCUACAAGAAUGUCGUAUGACCUAGCUUCUAAAGCUUAUUUACCCGGCUACGUUGGCCUCAACAACAUCAAACGAAACGACCACAUGAAUGUUAUCAUACAUGCAGUCCUUCACGUCACUCCAUUGCGGGACUAUCUUCUGUUGUCGAACUUUCACGGCAAAGAGUCCGAGUUGCUUAAGCGUUUUGCGGGUUUAGCAAAGAAAGUAUGGAACCCAAGGCUAUUCAAAAGCCAGGUCAGUCCUCACGAGUUUCUGCAAGAAGUAAACAGGGCAAGCUCCGGAAAAUUUCGUCUGGAACAGCAGGGGGAUCCCGUUGAAUUCUUGGGAUGGCUACUGAAUCAUCUACACAAAGACAUGGGUGGUUCCAAAAAGAAACACUCCAGUAUCAUAUUUUCUAUCUUUCAAGGCGAGCUUCGCGUCGAAACACAACAAGUGCUUGUGCGUCCAGACGCAGGAGAAAACGAGAAACCCCGCUUUGAUAUUGCUCGAGACAUCAAAUCCACUGUAUCCCCGUUCUUAUUUUUGGCAGUAGACCUGCCUCCGCCACCACUUUUUCAAGAUUCCGUGGAAAAGAACAUCAUUCCUCAAGUGAGUAUCCAGUCUGUGCUUUCCAAAUAUGACGGAAGGACGACGCAGGAAUCAUCUGGACAAUUGCGACGAUACAAAUGCCAACGCCUUCCACCUUACAUCAUAUCUCACUUUAAACGAUUUACCAAAAAUAUUUUUGUGGAAGAAAAAAACCCCACCAUUGUUACUUUUCCGCUACGAGGUCUAGAUUUUGGAGAUUAUGUCGAUCUCAAGGCUUCCCAACCACCGCCCAUAUACGAUCUGGUUGCCAAUGUAACACACGAAUCAGUCGCGGGAACUACCCGCGACAAGGAGAACACCGUUUGGAAAGUCCAUUUACGGGCUGGAGAGGGUGAAUUCGAAAAAUGGUAUACCAUCCAAGAUCUGAUCGUAGAAGAAACACGAAAAGAAAUGAUAUUUUUAGGGGAAAGUGUUUUGCAAAUCUGGGAAAGGAGACCCGAUCGAAUAUCACAUUCUAAAGUCGACAUGGUUGUCGAUAAAUGAUGUGAUUUUUGUGAGCGAAAUGAUAUACUCUACAACCUUAUAGGAAGACGCCGGCACUCUAGAGGAAGCGGAGAUAUCAGUCUUCACGGACGCGGCAAACUGUUGGUGUACAAAGUAUUUUCAGUACUUACAUUUGUGGAUGCCUUUACUAGGGUCUGACUGCGGUCUAGCUGUCACAGUAUCGCUGGAAUUUGUGACGGGUUUUGCACUGGCUUCUGAUGUUUCUCGCGGGUGGUCGUAAAGAUAGGGCUUGAAGACAUAGAGACUGGAAACGAUUCCUGCUAUGCCUGCGACUAUAUAAGGCCCAAACCGACUAUGCAUCGAAUGAGCAAGUUUUUCAACAGUGAUGGUUAAAGACAACCUUCG